AUCACGUGUCCCACAUGCCGCUCGCUCAUUGGGAGUUGCGCGAGUGUGUGUGUGUGAGUGAGAGACGGCUCUCCUCCCCAAUUCACCCAAACUGGACGCGUCUCUGAGGUGAUCCCGGGUCUGAAACUUCAGCGACGGUGUGUUAGCCGCGCCUGGUCAGUAUCGAUUGACUCCCGGGAAGAACAGUCGGGAAGAGGCUGCCGUUUUUGAAAGUUGUGUUGGUUUUCUUUCCUGAGGUGUGAGGCCACAUCUGAGUCUACUUCCUGUUGAUAUUUCCUCAUAGCUGGAAAUGGACGACCUGUCCCGGCUCUAACAUUUGCCCAAAACAAAUCUCUGAUUUCGUAUUUUAAUCGGCAGGCGGCGGAGGGAAGCUUGGCCUUCCAUGUUCUAAUAACAAGUUGCAUUUGUGUUGUGCCUAUAUCGUCGACAAACAUCCUGGAACGGCUUCACCGAGACACUCAAAUGUUAACUAACCAAAAGAAACGUUAGGAAGGAGUAAUUAACAGUUUGGACAGAGAUUGCUAACUGGAAUGCUUUGGUAGAAAAAUUCUAGAGCCAUGAAGAGAAAUAAACAGUGGAAUGUCAGCAAAGCGCUGGCCCUUGCCAGUCUCUAUCAUUUUCUUCAUAGUGCAGCAGCAGCCUGUGUAGUUCCAUUCCUUACUAUUUACUUCAGGCAGCUUGGAUUGACUGCACAAUUUGUUGGCAUUAUCAUGGGAGCAAAGUGUUUUAUUUUCAUGCUUUGUACUCCAUUUUGGUCUUACUAUGCUGGACGCCAUAACAAAAGGAGAAUUCUUAUCCUUGGUUCCUUGUUGUUGUCAGUAGGAGCAGGCCUUCUGUUCACACUCAUUCCACCUAUAGAUAAGGAAAUAGGAUACAAAUUCUGUAACAAAAGUUUGUAUAUAAAAAAUGGUUGGAAGCAAAAUGCAAGACCAGAAGACAAACACCAUAUUGGUGAUGUGAAGAUGAAUAAAUUUGCACAUACCAUUCUUCCAACAGUAGUGAAUGCUGCUUUAACUAGUCAUCCUCGUUCAACACUCCAAGCUGAAUUUAAAGAAAACCUCCAGGUGUUGACCACUGUUGAAACAGCUAUUGCAAACAGAAUCAGCUCUCUUAAACAACCACAAAACACUGAACUGAGUAAUAUUCCACAUUCAUAUGUCUCUACUCCAUCAGAAGAUAUUGGUAGUACACAAACUACUGAUGAUUAUCUCCAAUCAAAGUGGAACCAACUUCUACAGAUUAAAGACUCUGACCAUGUAGGAACCAUGGGUGAAACUGCCAAGCAUUUUCCUGUUAAUGAAGAUAACAAGAAGAAAAACAGCACUUCAGAUGUUUAUUCUAGUUCAGUUAACAGUCACAUCAUGAAAGGGGAUGCUGUUUUGAAGGUUAGCUCUGAAGACCGAUUAGAAAAGGAGCGCAUCAGCGCUGAGUCUGAUCACCGUUUUAAAAUUCUGGAUAAUCAGCAUCAGACACUUGUGCUGCUUUUGCUAGCUGUAUCUUUAUGGGAGGUUCUGGCAUCAGCUUUGGAGUGGAUUGCAGAUGAUGGGCUCUAUGACUAUCUGGACUUCGUUGACUCUGUUGACCGUUAUGGCAAACAGUGGAUUUGGGGUUACUUGGGCACAGCUGGAGCAGCUGUUAGUAUUGGGAUUGUUGUGGAUAGGCUCGACUGUUUUAUUAAUGCGUAUACUUCUAGGAUUGCAGUGCACUUUUAUGGUUAUGCAGCAUUGAUUACGUUGACACUACUCGUUGGUGUGUUCUACCCAAUUCACACAGCUAGGAAAAAUGAAAUGAUAAACCACACUGUCAAAGGAUUGCACCUGCUGGGAGGUGAUGGAAGGGCUAUGUUAUACGUGAUCACAGUCUUUAUUUUGGGAGCUAUUAGAUCUACAAUAAAUAACUUCCUGUUCUGGCAAAUGCAGGACAAUGGGAGUGGCGAGGCCUUUAUGGGCGUUGCUGUAGCAAUUGGAUUUAUAGCUGAAGUUCUACUUUAUCUUUUCAAGGACAGAAUGUUAAAGAUUUUUUCAUUCUCUGGAUCAGUAACCUUUGGACUAUUAUGCCUUGCAGCCCAGGUGCUCUACUAUUCAUUCCUCUGGUCCUCUUGGGCAGUGUUGCCUAUUCAAAUCCUAAAUGCUUUUAGCAAUGGUGCCUUAUGGUGGGCUGUUUGGGGUCAAGCUAAUGAUAUAGCUACGCCUGGUAUUGAAAGAACACUCCAUAAAAUCUACCAUAUUUUAUCCUUUGGCCUAGGUGCAAGCAUUGGCAGUUUUUGCAGUGGCUUCGUUGUGAGUAGUUUUGGCAUAGAAAGACUCUAUCAAGCAUGUUCUGCUACUGCUAUGGUUUGGUUAGUGGUCUUUCUCAUUGCACAGUCAAAAAUUCCUCGGCAAAAGAGAUUAAACUAUUCACGACUUUUAGCAGCUGAUACCAGUGAUAUGAGUGACUCAGAUGAUACGCAAGAUUGGCUUGUUACAGCUCUGAAAAGUGACUUUUUACAGAAGUAACAAGUCUUAUUAGGUUAUCUUUUUAAUCCAUUGCCUGUUGGAUAUAUAAGGAAUCUUUACAUUUGGCACAUACACUGGUUGUUUCUUUAAAGUCUAAGCCAAAGCAGACAUCUAGAAUCUAAAUUUUUAGAUGACAAUUUAAUAAUCCAGUUAAGGUUAAACAAUUUAUACUUUGAGAUUAGUAUACAAAUUCUGUUUGCAUGGUUUUAUUUCAAGGUGGCUGUUUUAGGUGCAAAAUUAUAGGAUAGAGCUUUAUUUUUAAAGAGGUAAAUUAUGGGAAUUUGAUUUUUGAAUAAAUGAGAAUGUUUGUUUUGAGAUGGAAGUAUUCUUUCAGUAGUUCUCAGGUCAUAACAACUACAAUGACUGACUAGAUGUUGCCUAGAGGGGUGUCUUCAGUAAAUUUAAUGUAAAGUUGUUGUAUGACAUACUUCUAUGCCUACUCAUUAAAAUACAGUGAAUGCCAA